ACUCUCUCAGCAUGCAGCAUGCAGAGAGAGAGCCGCAGAGAGGCAUGACUUGCAGCUAGCCUAGGAAUGCUAAGCCUUGGCUGUAUAAAGGCCGCAGCUGCUUGAAAUCCUAGAUCAGGCAUUGAGUUGUUAUUUAAUAAAUGACAAUACCAUUAGUACAUGACAUCAGACUUUAUAUGAAAUGACUUUUGGAAUGGUAAACAUCUAAUCAACUCUUUCAUUUUGAUAGUGUUUCCAAGAUAAUCCAAAAUGAAAAGAGCAGCUAGGAGGGCAGAACUCAAGGUGAAGCCUAAACAGAAAACAGCAAAUGAAGGGCCAACAUUGGGAAAACUACCGAAUUGGUACAGACCUGGUCCAUUUCUGUACGAUGCAAGAAUUGUUAUGUUUUCAUUUACCUGCCUCCUUGUUGUGGUGUUAUUAGCAGGAGAGCUGUUACUGACUGUUUUAGCUGUUGGCUCAUUAGUAAUUCAUGUUAUAAACAGUGUUGGUGCAAAGCGUCAAGCUGUCGCUGGUUAUCUCUGUGUUUUUAUUAUAACCGAGUUAGCAGUCAUAUACUCUGCGGUACCACUUCUUUGGAUUUCAUUCUACAAUGUUCUGUUAUUGUUUGCGCUGAAUUCAUUUGUUGUGUUUACUGGAGGCUGGGUUCUAUUACAUUUUGAUGCCUUUCUUCAGGAGGAGCCGUCGUUAGCUGUGUUUAUCGAAACAUCACUGUUCACCUUCUACCCGGGAUUAUGUAUAAUAAUAAUGUCAUGGAUUGUUGUUCAAGCAGUAAGUGUUUCUGCUGUGCCAUAUUGCCUUAUCUUAUUUGGAUUCAUAAGUGCACAACUGUUUCUACCGCAACAACCAUCAUCAUUCCACAAGUCAGAAAGUAGACAGUCAGCACACAGCGUUCUUAACCCGGUGGAAGUAGCCACCGUUUUGACGAUUUAUAAUUUACUGCCCAUGCAAUCAUUCAUAUUUAUUAAUUUCUGGAAUAUUCUAGAACUGACAGUGUUUUUAAAAAUGAUAUUUGUAAUGACUUGUCCACUUUUUCUAACAACUCUUAUAGAUAUUCAUUAUGUUUUUGAACACUUUGGAGUAAGUCUCAAACAGAAGACAAAAGUGCGUUGGCUUACCGGUAUAAUAUGUUUAUCAAUAAUUCAUAUUGUUGCAUAUCUUGACAAACUGGUUUCAAGCGGAUUAUUACCAUGGUUACCUGCUGUAUUUGUUUUGAAUCUACCACUCGGUAUUUUCAUGAAUUGGAGAACUCCAGGACGCAAAAUCGCAAUCUUGUUACUAGCUUGUGCCUGCUUUGUCCUGUACGUAGCUAUGAUUUCCUUCAUUGUGCCUUUAAACUUAGAAACUGAUGGAGUGAGUUCAAAGGUCAUAUGGUUGCUGUUAGUAUGCAAUGCAGGACUGUCAGUAGCAUGUGUGGUAAUGGCUGCUAUAUCAACCAAAGAGCAUUUCUCUGAUUUACUAUUAUGUAGCGUUGCUGUUUUUGUCUUCAGUGAACAUCAGCUUUUAUCAUUAGGCUUAUAUUCUCUGAAUAUGUUUGUCAUUACAAUCCCACUAGGAUGGUAUAUGCUGUCAAAGCUGCAGCACGCUGGUAAAGUCUCUUGGUACGUCACAUGGCUAUCAAUAGGAAUGCACUCCACCAAGCUGCCAGUUUUCUUAGAAAACCAGUUAAGACUGGAUCAUCACUUUGGAUCCUCACCAUUUUUAGAUAAGAUAUUCAUAGCUCUAUUUAUUCUUUCUGUUAGUAAGUUGUUCUUUUUUGAGUCUCGUCGUUCUGUACCGAUUCAUCAUGCUGUUGGGUACGCGUUCAGUAUAACUAUCCUGUCACUGCUGGUCAUGGAUUCACUUCUUCAGCCCAUCUUUAUCAUGGUCAGCCAUUCUGAUAUUAAUACUGCAGGUUCUCUCGCUCUGGUGCUGAUCACAUCUGGUGCUCUACUUUUAAAAUUAACACUGAGUCACAUGACCAAGUUCCAAGAUGCUAGGACAUUAAACUUGAUAUCGAUACUACUUGGCUUCUUUAUAUUCAUCCUUCAGCCCUCAUCUGAAACAUCCUUUUCUAACAUGUGCAACAUACUUCUGCUGGUGUCUUUCAUAGCCUGUCUUGUGUUGUUCCUAACCAGAUCGCCACGCUCACGACCUCUAUGCCUAGACAUUGUGUAUUCAAUUGUGAUUGGUUCACCGAUCGCCAUUAAAGCCUGUCAACUGCUCAUGAUUCCCGAGCACAUUAGGGUAUUAAAUAUUACGUUGUAUAUGUUAGCUUGGUCCUUAACUACUUUCAUCCUCAUUUCUACCACCCUUUGGAUUCCUUCCUCAAAAUAUAAUAAGUCGAGUACUGCAUUUCUGCCAAGUGCUACAGUAUCUAUUUCAAUAAUAUUUGUGAUAAUUUAUAUUUUGGAAUUCAAACAAAUUGGAAAUGCAUACAUAUAUACAAUUGGUAGUUUUUAUGGCAAAUAUUCUCAGCCUUGUACCAAAUUAUUUCUGAUUAUUUUCCUGAGUAUUGCCAUAAACCUAAAGAGUUUGCUGGGUAAAAUUGCUGCCGAUGAUCCGUUUGGUGCUAUUUACCCAACUUCUCUGCCUGUUGUUAUAAAUAUGGCAACCUUUUUGUCAUAUGCACUUCUCCUUAUAAAUUACCCUCCUGAUAUUUUGCCAGAAUUGUGGGCAUGUGUUAGUUCAAUGGUUUUCCUUCUUAUAACCAAAGAUCAUCUUCUUUUUUCCAAAAUCAGUAAGUUUAAAAAACCUGGGAUUGUAUUCACAACCUGUGUUAUUGUUUUAUACAUUGCUACUUUAUAUGAAAAUAGUAUUUGGUGGCAGGGACUUGGAUUUUGGUGCAUAUUCGAAUUGAUGAUCUGUGUUAUUGUGUCACCUGUCUUUUUCUCUGUUUCUUGUUUCGUUUUGAACCGCUUCUAUGUGAUGCCUAUUCAACGUGUUGUGUUCCUGAGCCCCAUAUGUGUGUUUUUGCCACUUUUCGGUACAACUCCUGCUAGUUGGAUUUUAGGAAUCCUUGGUCUAGUUGCUGGACUUGGUAGCAGUUACUAUGCUGCACCCACCUCUGAUGUGGACAACUUCAAUCUUUAGGUUUGAAAGUAAUUGGCACAAACGUGGUUGUAAUAGUUAAUGUAUGUUGGACAAGAUUCUUGAUAUUUAGGCCACAUCUGGGCUUGGACUUGCUUUAAGGACAAAUUUUGCUUGAUGAAUAAUAAAUACUGUACUGUAUAUUGUUUUUUUUUUUUGUGAUUUUGAGAUAUAAAUGUUAAGAAUAAUGAGGCCUUAUAAAAUUUAAACAAAAUAAAGUUUAUUUUAUAGUAGAUAUUAUUUCUCCACUUGACUGCUACUAUCUUUAUUAAUAAAAUAAUGAUUAUUAUUUUUAUUUAUGUGGGUUGAAAAGAUAAUGUUUUUCACUAUGUGUAAGAAUAGUUGUAAAUGUUGUAACUUAUUAAUUAUUGUUCAAGGACAGAUGGGAACAGUUCAUAACAACAUGUGUUAUUUAGUAUUAAGAGCAAAAUAUGAUAAUUGUUCUUAAUUCUGUUAGGUUAUUUAUUAUUCUGAGUUACUAAAAUAUUAAUGGGAUGAACAGGCAUGAGUGAUUAUGUAUUAUUCAACUUUUGCCUAACAUUAGAAUUUUCAAAAUUACUGAUACCGGUAAAAAAAAAGAAAAUUGAGUCAUUCAUUUUGGUCUUACAAACCUGUUCUUUACAUUCCAUAGGUUGUAUACUACUAGGGCAAGACUAUUUUAUACCUUGUUUCGCGAACUUGUGUUUUUUAAGGAUCCUCUGAGAAAAGCAGAAAAAAAAAAAAUUGUUUUCUUAUUUAGCAAAUAAUUUUGCCAAAAACAUCUAGACAUAGGAGAAAAUAAAAAUAAAAUUUUAUUGUAUAAUGUGAACAGUGCAGUGUAAUGGGAU